CUUGCUGGGAAGGACAGGCCAGGAAGUAUUCGGGCUGCGAGUGCAGUGACAGAAGCACAGGGAGCGGGGCACCAGUGCUGGCGGAAGAAGAAAGGACAUGUCAGUGAACCUAAGUAAGAACGGGGCCGCCUUGCAGGCCGCAUAUAAAGAUGUGCUGGAUGAAAAGACCAAAACUGACUGGGCUCUCUAUACAUACGAAGGUAACAGCAAUGACAUCCGAUUGGCUGAAACUGGUGAUGGGGGGCUCGAGGAGCUAGUGGAAGAACUGAGCAGUGGUAAAGUGAUGUACGCCUUCUGCAGGGUGAAAGACCCCAACUCUGGACUCCCAAAAUUUGUCCUGAUCAACUGGACAGGCGAGGGUGUGAAAGAUGCCCGGAAAGGAAUGUGUGCCAACCAUGUCAGCACCAUGGCCAGCUUCCUCAAGGGUGCCCAUGUUACAAUUAAUGCUCGUGCUGAAGAGGAUGUAGAGCCUGAGAGCAUCAUGGAAAAGGUGGCCAAAGCAUCUGGCGCCAACUACAACUUCCACAAGGAGAGUAACAGGGGCAACGAGGGACCCCAGGGACCAGUGGGUUCAGUCUAUCAGAAAACCAAUGCAAUGUCAGAAAUUAAACGCGUGGGAAAAGAGAAUUUCUGGGCUAAGGCGGAGAAAGAUGAAGAAGAACGAAGAAUAGAGGAACACAGGAGGGCAAAUGUAGAAAAAGAUCGGCUGGAGAGGGAGCGCAAGGAGAGAGAGCAGAGGGAGGCUGAGGAGAGAGAGCGGAGGUUCCGAGAGAGGUCAAAGGAGAUAGACGGACACAGGAAACAGCAAGAGGAAGUAGAAAAACAGCAGACGGUUCCUGCCUCCCAGCGCUCUGUUAACCCACGUGAGAUGUUCCUUCAGAAAGAGCGCUCAUUACCCGAGUCUGGCUCAGUGAGUGCCCAGCCUGAGCAAUUCACUGCCUCCCAGCAAGAAGAAGAGAAUAUAUACCAGGAUGCCACUGAGAACCAAAAUAUUUAUGAGGAUACACCCCAGGAGGAUCCAGUAUAUGAGACUGGAGUGGCAGAAGAUAGUGGAAUGUGCGCUCGGGCACUGUAUGACUACCAAGCAGCUGAUGAUACAGAGAUCUCAUUUGACCCAGACGACGUAAUAAUACAAAUCGAGAUGAUUGACGAUGGCUGGUGGCGUGGUGUUGCCCCCAGUGGUCACUUUGGAAUGUUUCCAGCCAAUUAUGUCGAGCUACUGGAGUGAGUCCACUUGUGAACGAGCAAAAGCAAUAUGGGGGGGGAGGCGGGGCCUGGCAACGAGAGGUUCCUGUUGCACUAAAACGGUUUUAACACGAUAGGCUAUUACCACAAGAAAAGCACUUCAUGUCUUCACUAGGCCAAAAUGCUUCCUGUUGAUCCGAGAAGUGGGCAACUAGAUGGUUAAUUUACAAACUCAUGCACUCUGAUACAAGUCACAUGUAGGUAUAUCAUAUAUACUAUUCUGGGCUUUGAUUAGCACCAGGGAUCUUGAUCAAGUCUAUUCUAGGUGCUGUAAGAAAGCAUUCCUUGUGCUGUGCAGGCAGUUUGGUGUCAUUUCCAUGGGUGUCAUUGCAAGACAUUGAGGACCUUAUGCUGUUAUAAUUCCUACCAUUAGGGUCCAUUAGUCACACCGAAUCCCUUAUCUUUUUCUUCAACCCCUUCAGUGUGCAAGUCCCAAGGGCUCCAUACUUGUUUCACCCCACCCCAGACUAUGUUGCAAGGCCACCUUGCUUGAUAUCCUCUACUAAAGAGGAGAACUAAAGCUUAAUUAAAGAUGUAGGCUAGAAAUGUUGUACAUUAAGUUUUGGGCUUCUGUACCAGCCCAAGGCAACCACAGCCCUUUAGCAGUAAAGAUCUGUGUCUCCAAAGAUGCCCCAGUAGCUCCCCAUCUUCUUUUCUGCUGAUUCACUGCACAUGCUCUGUGCUGCUGUCACUUACUGAGCUUAGGGACCCACUCACAAUAUACAGUACACAUAGAAUAGAAAUGUCACAAUAUAAGGCUGAUUAGUAAUUAAUACAGAUAAUUACUACAUUGCAGCACAGAAACCAGUGCAACUAGCAUCACAAUUUAAUAAUCAGCCCUGUAGCAUCAGCUUAUAUCAGAGACAAACCUCAUUUUCUGCUGGAUAAUUAGUGACGACCCCUAAACUUAGCUUCUCAACAGCUGCUCAGAGCCCACUGAGCAUGUGAGACGCCCUGUGACAAGUUUGAAGUCCUGGAUCAUUGCUGCUAUUGACAAGCUGAAACUUUAGGCUGAUGCAAUACAUUUAGUAACGUAAAAUAUGGCAUUUUUAGCCACAUUCAUUUUUAGGGUUUAGUUCGCCUUCAAGGCUCUCUUGCUAUUCAGACCACUGUCUGGUUUUACUGGUUGGUUUAGAGCUGCCCAAGGAUUUAUUUCUUGCCUAGUCACCCAGCCAAUCACUUGCAGGAUUCCAGUUUGGCAAAUCCCAAGUGUCACGCAGAAGUCACAUAGAAAACAAUGCGCAGGUAACGUGUACUGGUUUGUUGUUUGAAAGUGAACAUCUGGUUGCUGUGGAUUUAUAGACCUGGAACAAACUUUGUACCCCUAUUGCAUCCGUAUGCUCUGCCAGAUAAGGAACCAGAAUGUUUGCUAAACAGAGCUAAUCAUUAGAAUUGAAAUUGGGGUUGCAAAUAUAAUCUUUACUUGGUUCGCAAUUCCAUGGGCUUCCCCUAUAAGAUACUUGCUCUGAUAGUUGUUGGGCCGAGUCUGUGUGAUUCCUUUUCCACUCUCCUCUAUCCUCACUUGCUCUCCAAUGCAUACACUGACCUCCCAGUAAAUGGCACAGCUUGCUUUCCCUACAAACAUUCCCGUAUACCGAGCAUGAAAUAACACCCCCCCCCCCGCCUUUGCUCCCCUUAAUGUGAAAUGUGGUGGCUGGUCCAUGAAGACCAUGCCUCUCCUGUGACUAUUGAAUGCUGUGUUGCAAUCUCUGGGCUUGUAGGAUCAUGCUAAUGAUGAUACAUAAUUUUGUGUCUUGUGAAAUCACAUAAUCAUGCUGAAACUUGUUUUUUGGCUAUGUUAUUUGGGUUUUUUUUUUAAUCAUUAAAAUUUGAAAUAAAAAGAUUUUGUAAUGCUGA